GUUCCUGUUUGUGGCUGGCUGUUUCGAAUCACAGUCCGCAUCUUCCAUUCAUGGCUCCAGUCCAGCCUAUAGAUAGCAUCAGUGGUUCUCGACUGGUCUAGCAGCACCGCUGCUGUCCGACGCUACCCAGAGUAGCGCCCAGAGUAGCGUCGAGAGUAACGUCCAUAUUCAGGUGCUAUUUUGGCUCCGAGACUCGAGGAGCUUGCGCUGCUAGCCGCAGCUACUGCAUGCACUACCGAGGCCAGUAGGGCAAUGGUGCCAUCCCUUCGCGACCCCGUUUGCCUCGUCUCCAUUCUUCGCGCAGCGCGAUCGGUAGGGUAGGGAAGACUAAGCUGCCCGCUCCUUUCGGACGCACGCCGUCCCUGCGAGGCCCACCCGUUCUCGUGCAGAUUGCCUGCCUCGAGUAACUCCCCCUUUCCUCGGUCCCGAAGGUCUCUCUCGUUUUCUCGAGCCUCCCCUCGGCCUGGCCGUCGGCCGAGCGUGAGACGAGUAGCGGCGAGGCUGAUCGGCAGCGGCAGGUGAAUGUGUCGCUAGGCGCCGACCAGCGCCACCGCAUGGAUCCCGCCGCUCCCUCGUCGAGCGGCGAUCGCCCGGCGACAGGCGCGGCGGGGGAGGCGGAGAGGCGGCAGCGGCAGCGCGUGAAGCGGGAGGUGUGCGACGAGGUGCUGCGCAAGCUGCGCGAGGCGCGCCACCCGUGCCUGCAGGCCGCCGGCAUCGAGAACGACCUCCACGCGCACUUCAACCGCCUCCCCACCAGGUACGCGUUGGACGUGAACACGGAGCGCGCGGAGGACGUGUUGACGCACAAGCGCCUGCUGGAGGAGGCCGCACGCCUGCACGGGCUGCCCGUCUUCUUCGUCCGCGCCGUCCGGAUGGUGGCGGCGGGCGGCGCAGCAGCGGGCGAGAGGGGCAGCCCGCCAGCAUGGACACGGACCACCACCUCCCCGCCGCCCUGCACCCCCAGGGCGCCGCCAGCGUUUGGGUCGUCGCCGAACCUGGAUGCGCCGGUGCAGGGCGGCGGGCAGGGCGCGGGCGCCAUGGAGGACGACCAGCAUGGCGCGCCAUACUACAACGUGCCCAUGCACGAGGUCACCUUCUCCACCUUCGACCGCCCCAAGCUGCUCAGCCAGCUGUCGGCGGUGCUGGCGGACGCGGGGCUCAACAUCCGCGAGGCGCACGUCUUCUCCACGUCCGAUGGGCUCUCCCUCGACGUCUUCGUCGUCGACGGCUGGCCCACCGAGGACGUGGUAGACCUCCACGCAGCGUUGGUGCGAGUGCUGCAGAUGGGGGCGGGUGCAGCUCUCUCCAUGCAGCCAGAGGCGUCAGGCCAGUCGAUGCAGUCGGCGCCCGGCCCUGCCAUGUCAGAGUCAGCAGGCAUGUCCGCGCCGGCCGCAGUGGGGCACGUACCAGGGUCGCACCUGGCGGGGUCGCUGGUGUCGGGUGCGGAGUCGCGGGUGCCGAUCCCGUCAGACGGGCGGGACGACUGGGAGAUCGACAGCCAGCAGCUCAAGCUGCACCACAAGAUCGCCUCGGGCUCCUUUGGCGACCUGUACCGCGGCACGUACUGUGGGCAGGACGUGGCGAUCAAGAUCUUAAAGCCCGAGCGGCUCAACGACUCCCUGCAACAGGAGUUUGCCCAGGAGGUGUACAUCAUGAGGAAGGUUCGCCAUAAGAACGUGGUUCAAUUCAUUGGAGCCUGCACGAAACCACCUAACCUCUCUAUAGUCACAGAGUUCAUGGUGGGCGGCAGCGUGUACGAUUACAUCCACAAGCAGCGCGGCAGCAUGCGGCUGCCCAUGGUGGUGCGCGUGGCGGUGGACGUGGCGAAGGGCAUGGACUUCCUGCACAAGAACAACAUCAUCCACCGCGAUCUCAAGGCCGCCAACCUCCUCAUGGACGAAAACGAGGUGGUGAAGGUGGCGGACUUUGGUGUGGCACGGGUGAAGGCGGGCAGUGGCAUCAUGACGGCCGAGACCGGCACGUACCGCUGGAUGGCGCCCGAGGUGAUCGAGCACCGCGCGUACGACCACAAGGCGGAUGUCUUCAGCUUUGGCAUCACGCUCUGGGAGCUGCUCACGGGGAAGCUGCCAUACGCGGAUCUCACACCCCUGCAAGCCGCUGUCAGCGUGGUUCAGAAGGGUCUGCGGCCGGCCAUCCCGAAGGGCACGCACCCGCGGCUGGCGGAGCUGAUGGCGCGGUGCUGGCACUCCAACCCAGUGGAGCGCCCUGAGUUCAGCCACGUCCUCCGCAUGCUCUCUGACAUGGCGCACGAGGUGGAGGAUGAGGGCGAGGGCGAGCACAGGCGGCGGGAGAAGAGAGCGGCUUCUUUUGCCUCGCUCAAGCGCACCGGGGCAGGCGGCAAGUGACAGGCACGGGGGGCAAGUGACACGCGCUGGGGGCAAUUGACAGGGGCAGGGGGCAAGUGACAGGGCAGGGGGCAAGUGACAGGGGCAGGGGACAGGUGACAGGCGCAGGGGGCAGAGGACUGGAGACGUAACACGAGCUAUGUGGGAGCAGCGCGGUGCACGCCCUUGCAUUCGCACGAGUGCUUGUAUGCGUGGAUGCAACAUGUGCACGUGCUUGUUUAUGAUGUGUGGGCUCACUUUCUAGAGUGGUCUAGCAGCAGCGUGAAUGCAGUGGAGCAGCACUGCGAGGGGGAGUGCAGAGCCAGUAGGCAGAGCCAUCUUGCGCUGCCAUGCCGCACACAGGGACAGGAGGGCAGAAAGGCAGCGAGCGAGUACUUCAAAUGCUAUCACAUACUGGAGGGCAAGAGGGAGAAGGACAGAGGGGGGUGUGGAAGCAGCAAAUGGCGUGUUGCUGCUGCCAGCAAUUUUGACAGUCCUUGGCGACUGGGUUCCAGGCUGGCUUGUGCCCUCACCUCCACACUUUUCGUCAUGGCCCCCUCUUGGGAUGCCCUCAUGCCGUCAUCUCCUCCGUGCAUUCGCCUUCAUGACAAGACAUGGCUUGGGCAAAAACAAUGCCAGCUGGCCCCAAUUUUGCAGAUUAGAGGGAAAUAACACAUAACAUGUUGCAAAUGUAGAUUGUGAGAGCUUGGCUGAUUCGAACAGUGGUAAUCAGGCCCCCAAAUUGGUUUUGGGGGUGUCUGAUUCGUCAGGCUUGCCUGCAAUUCCUUGGUUUGGCGUAAUGGUCUGAAACGACCGUCAUUCACAAUGUUGGAAGGAUGAUGUAUUGUUUCAGCUGGCUUAUUUUCCUGGCUUGCUUGUCUAUGAAAUGCUUGAGAUAAUGAUU